AUGCAGGGGUGCAUAUCAAGUCGCGUAGAACUUAACACAAAAACCUGUCAAGCUCAACGAAAAGGAGAAGUUGCUUGCCUUUGUGAUUCUGAUAACUGCAAUAGUGACUCGUUCGCAAUUCCUAACGACGCUAUCAUAGCAACCAAGCCAAUCAUUAAAUGCCACAUUGACAGUACCAUUUCUGAUGAUUUUUGCUUUGGUCAGCAAUGUUUUUGGGGUGCUUCAGGAGACAUCUCUGCUUUCUUCAAAAAGAACCUACGAAUGUGGUACGUGGAUGUCGUUAGCAAUGGAGCGGAGAUACUGAAACAAAACGGAAAAGAAUCACUCGAUACCAACACCAGAUAUCUCUGCAAUGAGAAUCUUUCCGUCUUCGUGACUCUCGGAAAACGUAGACAAGAUGAUGCUCCGAUCGAAGUCGAAGAACGUGCCAACUAUUCCCGCGACGGAAUCUCGGGAUUUUUAAUUGACUCGUCGAAACGCGCGUGCCGUUCGAACGACGAAAACGUCAAGCCGGGAGAACUUGCCGUCGCUCGUGUUGAUUCGUUCGUUGAUCCUAUUCCGGAUUACGAUUUCGAUAAGGAAGAGGCUCAUAAUCCGGACAGUGUGUCGGAAUUUGCUCAAGACAUCUUCCGCUAUUACAAGUCGAGAGAAGUUAACUUUCGCGUUGUUGAUUAUCUUAAGAGACACCCUGAAAUCGACAUCAAAGUUCGCGCGAUUCUCAUCGACUGGCUUGUCGAGCUUCAAGAAUCGUUUGAGCUCAACCAUGAGACGCUCUAUAAUUCGGUCAAGCUUGUAGACAUUUAUUUGUCGAAGACAAGUAAUGUUUCAAGGGACACGAUCCAAAUGAUGGCUUGCGCCGCCAUCUUCAUUGCUGCCAAGUUCGAUGAACGUUCACCUCCACUCGCUGAUGACUUGAUUUAUUUGGCGGGUGAUCGCUUCGAUCGUGAUUCUCUUAUGGCAAUGGAGCGUAAACUGUUCAAGAUUGUCGACUUCGACCUCGGAGCACCAUUGAGUUAUCGCUACUUGCGUCGUCUCGGACGUGUGAUGCGUAUCGAUAUGGCGACGCUUACUCUGUCGCGUUAUUUACUCGAAACUUCGCUUCUUGUCUAUGACUACUCAUUGGUGUCGGCGAGUCGCAUCGCAUCGGCUGCGUUUUUGCUAGCGAUGAAGAUGAAAGACCGCUCUUUCAAAUGGAAUUCGAUUCUCAUCAAGUAUUCCGGCUAUAUGGAAGAUGAGGUAGUUCCGCUAAUGGAACAUCUGAAUCAUAUGAUUCAUUUCGUUAACACUCAAUGGGAGCAGCUUGUCAAUAUAAGAGAGAAAUAUUCACACGAAGUGUUUUUCAAGGCGGCUUUGGUGCCAUUGAUUCCAGAUACUUAUCCAUCUACAAGCGAAAUUCCGCCACUUCCACAGAUGUCUUUCCCAUAA